GGAACAGAGAAGCUGACAGAACCUCAGUUUGCACUGAAAAUCCAGAAACAGGAAGAAUUAAUCGGGUGGCUUACAAAGAGCUUGCAGGAAAAAGAGAGAACCCUCCAGGAAUGCUUGAACCUGAUCAUCAGACUGAAGCCAGGUACUGAGUCUUUGGAAGAAGUUAAAAACAGUCUGACUGAAAAGCUGCAGGAAAGGCUGAAACAGCGAGACAAAGCUCUGGAGAAGUUAGCCGAUGAGAAGUUCGGUUUAAUGGAAGAAAAGGAGAAUGAACUCCACCAGUUUCGACUAGCCUUACGUGAGAAGGAUCGUGACCUUGCACGUGUAACAGACGUUCUACACAGCAAUGAGGAUACCAUCCAUGAGUUGCGCAGUUUAAUCAGCCAGAAGGACUGUGCUCUGCAGCAGUUGGAGACGAUGUGCAAGAACAUCCAACAGGCAGCACGUGACCAGGAGAAGAGGUACAUGUACAUCUCCAAGGAGAAGGACGCCAUCAUUGCAGCUUUACAGGAAGCACUGCAUAGCAGUGGCAAAGACGUAGAGGCACUUUCUGAUUCUUUAAUUGGGCAAGGUUUGGAUGCUCCGGAUAGCCCACCUCGGUUAUGCCUGCAGCUGAAGGACAAGGAAAGGCUACUUGCAAAGGCCUUACUGGCACAGAAUGAGCAGCUUACAGUCCACCAGCAACAGGUUCAAGAACUGCAGAAUGCAGUGACAAUCAAGGAAAAGGUGGAACAGGAGCAGCUGGAGUGCCAUAAACAAGCUUUGCUGGCCAAGUCUCAAGAGAUUCAGCAGCUCAGAAAUAGCCUUCGAUUGAAGGAGCAAGCAGUAGAGAGCCAAACCAAGGACAGUUCUGCAGUUUCUCAAGGCCACUACCUAGAACUUGCCCAACUCAGUGCCUUACUGAAUGAGAAGGAUCAUAUGCUAGUGAAGUUCUUGGAAGAAGGGCAGGAGAAGGAUCGAUUGAUUCAAAAGUUGCAGGAAUAUGUCAAGAGCAACCAGACUAUGGAAGUGAAACCUGCACUAUAGUCACACAAAAUAAGCGAUACCCAAAACAGUAAUUAUCUACUGCCAAAGUAAAGUGCAAUAUGGAAUCAUCGUAACUUGCAUUGCAUUAUGGCCAAAGAUGAAAGGAAAUGCAACCAAAAGAACUGAUACUAGAAUACAGAGGAACAAUUACAACAUUGUUGCAUCUACAGAUACAAAAUGUUCAGUGGACAUUAUUCCCAGACCAAAGUGUUGUUGGAACACCAUUUCUAGCUAAAGAAACACUGUACAAUAUGUUACACUUAGCUGGAUAUAAUAAUUGGUGAAUAAUGUGCUGUACGUUUUGCGGAUUUGCACAAACUUCCCUACAAUAAGCUGAAUUUAGUGAUUGUUAGAAGCUAGUAGAUGAUUUGGGGGAGCGCCCAUAUUCUUUUGUACCUCCAUUCCCUCCUGUUUUGUAACGGGACUCUAUUAUGAAUCAUGUUUUAUAUACUCUUAAACUCUGUCCAGCCCUAGUAAUAUGUGGCCA